UGAAGUGUCAGUAUCUCCUUGUUGCUUUGAAGCGUCAUUCCUCUUAGAAACGGGAAUGCGGCGCUCGUCACGGUCAGAAGUUAAAAGAUUAGUGCUUUUAUUAUCUAACCGACAGAAACUCAAUCAUGGCGAACGAGUCAGUGGGUGUGCUGUUCAAGCUGUACUGCUUGACUGUGAUGACUCUGGUUACUGCCACAUACACUGUGGCUCUGAGAUACACCAGGACUGUGACCUCUGACCUCUACUUCUCCACCACUGCAGUGUGCAUCACUGAGAUCAUCAAACUGCUGCUCAGUCUGGUGAUGCUGCUCAGGGAAACAGGUGACCUCGGCAGGUGUAAAACUGCGCUGGUCAACCACAUUUUCAAAAGUCCAAAGGAACUGCUCAAGCUGAGUGUACCGUCUGUGGUAUAUGCCAUCCAAAACAACAUGGCCUUCUUAGCCUUGAGCAACCUGGAUGCUGCUGUCUUCCAGGUGACGUAUCAGUUGAAGAUCCCCUGUACAGCCCUGUGUACGGUGCUGAUGCUGAACCGCUCUCUGAGCAAACUGCAAUGGUUCUCCGUCUUCAUGCUGUGUGGAGGAGUCGCACUGGUGCAGUGGACCCCGCCAGAAUCCACUAAAGUUCAGGUGGAACAGAACCCGUUCCUGGGCUUUGUGGCGAUUGCGAUCGCGGUCCUCUGCUCUGGGUUUGCAGGUGUGUAUUUUGAGAAGGUUCUGAAGAGUUCGGACACAUCUCUGUGGCUCAGAAACAUUCAGAUGUACCUGUCAGGUAUACUGGUGACCCUCAUAGGUGUCUUUGUGACAGACAGGGCCAAAGUGUUGGAGAAAGGAUUCUUCUUCGGAUACACACCUUGGGUCUGCCUUGUAAUCUUUUUGGCGAGUGUGGGAGGAAUGUACACAUCAGUGGUGGUGAAAUACACUGAUAACAUCAUGAAGGGCUUCUCUGCAGCCGCUGCUAUUGUGCUGUCCACCGUGGCCUCCGUCAUUCUCUUCGGCCUGCAGAUUACGGUGACUUUCAUGGCAGGAGCCUUGUUGGUGUGUGUGUCCAUUUACCUGUACGGACUGCCAAAACAAGACACCAGCAAUGUGCAGAGAGCUGAUGCAGACACCACAAAACAGAAACUCAUAGCAGUCUGACCAGCGAUUGGUGGGAAUCAGAGACCAAUGAGCCACCAGUGUCAGCGCUUUGCCAAACGCCAGAGCAAUUCCGGUAUUUGUGCUUGAUUCUAGAGCCAACACAUCUUUGGACUCUUAACACGUUAAGACUCGCCCUGUUUACAGACGAUGAUCGUGGUUCACUGUUGGCCAUAAAGUGCUCACACUAGACCACACCGAAGGAAAGCCUUUUGUUCUUUUAUCUCUGCUUUUAAAGGAAGGGUGGGGUAGUUUUUUAAAAUGUGAAUGUCAUCUUUUCUCUCUGUAUAAAAUCAUUUACAGGUUUUUACGCUGCAGAUUGUUAGACACUGAACACUGUUAAAGCCAAAACACAUUCUGAAUGUACAUGAAUAUAUGAGGCCUCAUAUAAGAAGAACUUUGUCUUGCCAAUUUUAUUUGCAUAAGUGUUUUUAAAUAUUUACAUAAGGUGAACGUAAAGAGGAUCCACGCUGUUUCCUGGGUGUCUGGGGAGCCAUGCUAGUAAAAUAACUUCCACUAAUUUGAUUACAGUGCAAAGAAAAUGUUGACUCCUGGGGUUGGGGUAUGCCUCUCUGUAUGUAUUUAUAAGGCAUUGCUUAAUUUUGCUAAUCGUAUCCACUGACCUGAUUAAACAUGUUGUGAUGGUGGACACAUUCUGAAUUAGAUUUUUGAGUGAAUGCAAGCUCUCUGCAGGUAAACAGCAGAAUGAUGAAGCUUCUCAAGGGGCGGUUUGUGGAUCAGAGGCCUGUCUCACAAAGAUUGUUUCAGUGGCCACCCUGGGAAAUUUGAGUUUAGUUUGAGCAAACUCUGGUUUAUCGGUCUGAAGAAGGCAGGUCAGUUUUUCCCUGUGUUUAAUGAAGUAACUUACGCUGCAUGGCUAACCUACUCCGGAGCUGGGUUUGUUCUGGGUUACAGAUUGCAAAUUGACAAGUGACAUCUCUGACACAAUAAGGACUUACACUUACUGAGCACUUUAUUAGGUACACCUACAUAUUCAUGCGAUUUUCUAAUCAGCCAAUCGUGUGGCAGCAGUGCAGUGUGUAAAAUCACGGAGAUACGGGUCAGGAGCUUCAGUUAAUGUUCACAUCAGCCACCAGAAUGGGGAAAAAGGAUUGAUGAUGAGAAAGGAGAAUGGCCAGACUGGUUCCAGCUGAAAAAAGGCUACGGUAACUCAGAUAACCCCUCUGUACAAUUGUAGUAACCAGAAUAGCAUCUCAGAAUGAACAACAUGUCAAACCUUGAGGCGGCUGGGCUACAACAGCAGAAGACCACGUUGGGUUCCACUUCUGUCAGCCAAGAACAGAAAACUGAUGCUGCAGCGACCACUGGACAAAAAUAUAGCCUGGUCUGAUGAAUCUCAAUUUCUGCUGAGGCACACAGAUGGUAGGGUCAGAAUUUGGCACCGACAGCAUGAAUCCAUGGAUUCAACCUGCCUUGUGUCAACAGUCCAGGCUGGUGGCGGUGGUGUAAUGGUGUGGGGAAUGUUUUCUUGGCACACUUUGGACCUGUUAAUCAAUCAUCUCUUGAAUGCCACAGCCUAUUUGAGUAUUGUUGCUGACCAUAUGCAUCCCUUCUUGGCCAUGAUUGACCCAUCUUCUAAUGGCAACUUCCAGCAUGAUAAUACACCAUGUCACAAAGCAAAAGUCGUCUUAAACUGGUUUUCAUGAGCAUGACAAUGAGUUCACUGUUCUUCAGUGGCCUUCCAGUGGCCAACCCGAUCUGAAUCUAAUCAAACACCUUUGGGAUGUGGUACAACGGAAGAUUCGCAGCAUGAAUGUGCAGCUGACAAAUCUGCAAAAAUUGCGUGUUGCAAUCAUGUCAACAUGGACCAGAAUCUCAUCCAUGCCAUGAAAAAUUUAGGCUGUUUUGAGAGCAAAGGGAGGCCCUACCCAGCAUUAGUAUAGUGUUCCUAAUAAAGUGCUCAGUGAGUGUAUAUACUGGUUAAAAUUAUAUUGUAGGCUUUUUAAUUUUAAAUGAAUAUAAAAUCUUUUACAUUUUAAAUUAAUAUAUACAUUUUUAGGUUUUUAAAAUGAACAAGCCUGUUCAUUUUCAUUGUGAAUCUAUCAGCUAUAAAUUUAAUUACAAGUUAUAGUCAGUUUGUUUUUUUUCCUAGCAUCUGAAACUUCUUAGCGGCAGCAGCUGUGUUUUUUCUUAAUGCUUAAAUUCUUAAUAUUUUUAUAAUGAUCUCUUGAUCAUCAGAAGUAAAUCACACUAAAUGUCUUGCAUGAAGUAAAUUGUUCUGACUCUCUCCCAGCUUCACCCAUUGGCUGUUCGUGGCAAAUGUCACUCAUUCAUGUGCACACGCGCUUCAGGAUUAAUCAUGAACUCAGGAUCAAACUUUGAGUUGACAGAGAAUGUUUGUAGUGAGCGACUGGAGAUCGCUGAACCCCAUCUAAACCAGUUUGGCUCUAUCUGCUUAUUUCAACCUUAAACUUACUCUGAAACUCUGACUUUGUUCAGCUAGGUUUUUGAAAUAGGCAUCUCACGUUGUUAGGAUACAGCAAAUUAAAAGGCUAAUCAACUUUUUAAAAGGGUGGCAAAAAUGCUCAAAUCUUUUGUUAUUGCUGUCAAAGUCUUGGGUGUCCAAUCAAAGUUUGCAACAAAGACUACUUUAAAUAUGGGUUAAAGCUAAGGUAAACCUGGCUUGUGUCGAGACAAGCCUGAUUUUUUUUUUUUUUUUUUUUUUUAUAUUAAUAAA